UUUCAUAUGACCCCAUCAUUGCCAUACCUCAUGUUUGUAUGACUUUUAUAUCAGGAAUGGAUCACAUUAGAGCUCCCUUCAGGGGGAUCGCCAAGGAUGUCAAAGGAAGAGCACAGUGCUAUAAGCAAGACUGGAUGAGUGGAUUUACUUCAGGCAUCAAGAUAUUGGCGCCAACAAUGUUUAUCUUUUUCGCAUCUGCGCUUCCAGUCAUUGCAUUCGGAGAGCAACUAAGUAGUGACACUGAUGGCAAACUAAGCACAGUGGAAACCUUGGCUUCAACUGCUAUCUGUGGCAUCAUACAUUCAAUACUUGGUGGGCAGCCCCUGUUGAUUGUAGGUGUUGCAGAACCCACUGUGAUAAUGUACACAUACUUAUACAAAUUUGCCAAAGGACAGGAAGAUCUAGGCGAGCAUCUAUAUUUGGCUUGGGCGGCAUGGGUUUGCGUCUGGACUGCUUGCAUGCUAUUUCUUCUAGCAAUUUUUAAUGCUUCUGAUGUUAUUACUAGAUUUACAAGGGUUGCAGGAGAACUUUUUGGGAUGUUGAUCACGGUUCUCUUCAUUCAAGAAGCUAUUAAGGGAAUGGUAAAGGAAUUUAAUAUACCUGAAGGUGAAGAUGGAGCUCUACCACGUUACCAGUUUCAGUGGCUUUAUAUAAAUGGUCUGCUGGGGAUUAUAUUUGCCAUUGGCCUGCUGUAUACUGCAUUAAAGAGCCGAAGGGCAAGGGGAUGGAGAUAUGGCAUGGGGUGGUUUAGAAGUUUCAUUGCUGACUACGGGGUUCCCUUGAUGGUCCUGGUCUGGACAGCAUUGUCAUUUGCAGUCCCAAGCAAAGUCCCUUCUGGAGUUCCAAGAAGGCUUUUUAGUCCUCUUCCUUGGGAAUCCAAUUCCUUGCACCACUGGACUGUUGCUAAGGAUAUGCUAUCGGUUCCUGCAGUCUACAUAGUUGCUGCCAUAAUACCUGCUCUCAUGAUUGCAGGCCUCUACUUUUUUGACCACAGUGUUGCUUCACAGAUGGCACAGCAGAAGGAGUUUAAUCUUAAAAAUCCCUCUGCCUACCAUUAUGACAUUUUAGUCCUUGGAUUCAUGGUUCUGAUUUGUGGGUUGCUUGGAAUUCCCCCUUCAAAUGGUGUUCUUCCACAGUCACCUAUGCAUACCAAGAGUCUUGCCGUUCUCAAGAGGCAGUUAAUUCGCAAGAAGAUGGUUCAGAGUGCAAAAGAGAGCAUUAAACGGAGAGCUAGCAACUUGGAGAUAUAUGGCAGAAUGCAAGAUGUUUUCAUAGAAAUGGACGAAGGACAUACUACAAUCUCAGUAGCUAGAGAGCUGAAGGAUUUGAAGGAUGCAGUUAUGAGAAAUGAACCUGGUGAAGGAGAGUUGAAAGGCAGAUUUGAUCCAAAAAAGCACAUAGAUGCCCACUUGCCGGUCCGGGGCAACGAGCAAAGGUUGAGCAAUCUGUUGCAGUCCAUUUUGGUGGGUGCUUGUCUUGGAGCUAUGCCCAUCAUCAAGAAGAUACCUACAUCAGUUCUCUGGGGGUAUUUUGCUUUCAUGGCCAUUGACAGCCUUCCUGGAAACCAGUUCUGGGAAAGAAUACUACUUCUGUUCAUUACUCCCGGCCGGCGUUACAAGGUUCUGGAAGGUGUCCAUGCAUCCUUUGUGGAGUCGGUGCCCUUUAGACAAAUAGCUAUCUUCACGCUGCUCCAACUUGCGUAUCUUCUACUGUGUUUUGGCGUGACGUGGAUACCUAUAGCAGGAAUUCUAUUCCCAUUGCCAUUCUUCCUCCUGAUUAUCAUCAGACAGCAUGUCCUCCCCAAAUUCUUUCACCCACUUCAUCUCUGGGAAUUGGACGCAGCCGAAUACGAGGAAAUUUCUGGAGUCCCUCAUCGUCGUCUCAGCCUCUCAUUUACGGAAUGUGAGACAUCCCAACCGGGCAGUGAUGAUGGCAAUGAUGAAGUGUGCGAUGCUGAAAUAUUGGAUGAGCUCACCACCAGUAGAGGGGAAUUUAAACUAAGAUGCAGCUUCAGAGAAGACAGAAACAUUCAGGUAAUAUUACUUUAUCCAAAAGAAUUUAAAAAUAAAAGCUCUGGUCUGUCCAAAAAGCCCAAAGUGGUGUUAUUAGUAUUUCUCGUCAUGAAAUUCUUUCAAAAUACAUAGGUUUUCCGCCUGCCAACUGCCUUUUACUAGGUUCCAUGGUAGGCCUCUUUCUUAUCUUCUAAAUUUACACUACGUAGGAUGGAAUAGAUUUUAAAGCCUUGAUGUCUAGGUAAGAAGAGACA